AGAUCACGUGGAAUAGAUGGUACAAUGCUAUAACAACUUUAUCGUUCUUGAGAACAUGUCAUUAUUUAAAUGUGGAUUUUAUAGACUGGAUUAGAAAUUGUGUAUGGUACAUAUAGUGCUAUUUACAGAUAACCUGACUAAGCCUUAUGAUGCAGGCGAUUACAUUUCAAUCUGCGAAAUACCGGAACCGGAAGUAGCUUUUAGUAAUGGCGGACUCGUUUUUCCUUGUGAUUGCUGUGACGACGUUUGCCCUUGGAAUAGUGCUAUUCCUUGUGUCAAUAUCAAGCACAUCUUGGCAAGGGUUAGAUGGAGGGGUAACUAUAUCACUCUGGAAAGUUUGUUACAGACUUCAUGUCGACAAAUCUUGGAUGUGCAAUUCAUGGCAUGAAAUACCAGAUUUUGUCCGUUCUGCGCAAGCGUUUUGCAUCAUAUCCUUACUGUGUUGUAUUGUAUGCAGUAUCAUAUUAAUCGCCGCCUUUGUUCUACGAUGUCUACACCGGUCAAAACUAGCACUCAUUGUUCUAUCAUUACUCACGUUUACAUCAGCGUGUAUGAUAGCGAUGGCGGUAAUUGUAAUGGGGAUGAAAGGCCGGGACUAUCUUCUCGAGAUGAAACAAGACGAUGAGAAAAAGUUCAAAUUCUUUCUUAAAGGGAUAAUAAUCUCGGGAUACUACGAGAUCGGCUGGGCCUUAAUUCUUGCAAUAGUAGCGUCUCUUAUUAAUUACAUCAGUUUCGGGUUCUUUCUACUUGAGUAUAAGGAUAUGACAGAUAUGAGAGAACCACGGCCGACUAAAGUGUAACAAAGAAACGAUAUAUAAAAAGAAAUUCCAUGGAAGUAUAUGUUUAGUGUUUGGCCAUAGAAAUUGGAGGAGUUUAAGUGUAAUGUGUUAUUACUGAAUUACAUACGGCUACAAUUCGAGUGUAAAAGUGAAAUAGCUUUUUAGCUGAUUCCUUGGAACUGACAACGUUUGUAGCACAUUUGACCCGAGUUAUUCUACUUACUUUUUAUUGCACUUCUAUGUGUCACUGUAAACGACCUGUAGAUUUACGUAUUCAACGGUUUAUCAUAAGAAAAAAGGAUAAUAUAUGUGCUGAAGCAGUCGUUUGCCAUUUGAACUAUAUACAAACAGACGGUUCAUAUUUGGUUGGUAUUUAAGAGAAUCAGGCAAAAAAGUGUUCUUGUUCUGUAACAAUUCAUUGUCAUAGGCAUACUUGCAUAAAUGACUGUGUAGAGUGUAGUUUAAAAGUAAGACAUUGUCUGAUUUUGGUAUGCUUACUGGUUUUUGUUUCUCCAAGAAAAGUGGUUCUCUCCUAAUGUAAUUAAAAAAAUCAAGUUAGGCAAAUGCAAGCACAAAGGUUGAAAGUUCACAUUCCUAUUAUGUAAACGUAAAAAGCUAAGUCGGAGACCCAACAGUUUGUGAUUAUAUAUAAUGCUGUAUUUUGCAAACUGUGUUAAGAAAUGUUGAACGUUUGAAGAGCAAAAUGACUGGUGUAGCGUUCGUCUAUUUACAUCUUUGGUUUUCCAAGGUAACCACAUGAAUAAAAAUAUAUACAGGAAUGUAGAUAUCAUUUACACUGCACAUACAGAGAUGUGAUCGUUAUUGCAAAGACUGAUAUCUUAUUUGAUGGUUAAUCUUCAUGUUCUGAUUUUAAUGAUUUUAAUUCUACUUUAAAACAUUUUUGGUAAGAUUAGGAAUCCAGUGCAGGCUAUUUAUAUUUUUAUGCUAUUUUGAUUGUCGUUUAUAGGGCAAAUGUAUAAAUCUAGUCAAAACAUCUGAGCCUUUCGUUUAAAUUUGUGUUUCAAGCUAAAUUUAACAUCUUUACAAUCGGUAUGGCGUAAAAUCUACAAUAAGGUUGGAAGAUAUGCAAACAGCAGACUCGGCUUGACUGGUUCUGUUCAUGACAUUGUAGGACAAGAUAAUAAUAUAUUAAAUGGACUCUGUGAUCCACAAGGACCAAAAGUCAGAAUAAACAUUAUAGCAGUCAAAACUGACACAUUUUAUAUCAGCCAAAGUUAAUGAUUUUUAGCUCACCUGUCACAAAGUGACAAGGUGAGCUUUUGUGAUCGUGCGGCGUCCGUCGUCCGUCGUCCGUGCGUCCGUGCGUCCGUAAACUUUUGCUUUGACCACUCUAGAGG